UUCAAGCUAAAACAGCUGUCCUGCUUUGCUUAGGCCUAAACACACUUUCUUGGACAUUUAAAAAAAAAAAUCAGUGAUGAUUUAACUGUUUUGUUUUACAACAGAUGAUUGGUGUGAAGGCCUGUCAAUUUUUGAUAAACGUUGAUAAUAAACACGUGGAAACUGGUCAGUUCUGAGUCCUUUUCCCCACAAUGCAUUGUGAAAAAAGCUGGUAGCAGACGCUUCAUACAAAAGUGAAAAAAUGCGAGACGAUCAUUGCAGAAAAAUAGUACAGAAGCAAGCGUAUGAUGUUUUGUCACAUAAAUAUGGAAUACUCAUUGUCAUUGGUGUAUUAAUUUUCAUCACUUUAACCGCUUUUUAUUUUGGAGAGACUGUAGUGGAAUGGAGUAAUGAGAAAUAUGCUCAAGUUUUCAACUCGUACAGUGACAACAUAGCAGGGAGAUCUUUCAGAGAAAGGCUAUGCUCACCAUUACCGAUUGAUGUUGUGUACACAUGGGUGAAUGGAACAGAUCCCAAGCUGUUAAAUCAACUCAGAACCCUCAAGUUAAAUAUAGAGGAAGAGCUUAAUAUAACAAGUGAUUCUAAAUGUGUUUUCACCAACUGCCUAGCAACCAGUAUGGUUGUUCUUGACCCUGUGUUGCCAAAGGAGAUGACCUUACUGAAGUUAUCCUUAGACUACAAAGUAUUUGUUCAGGCAGAAAAGAUGUUUACAGUGUCCUUAGAUACAGAUGAGAAUGCUAAUUAUACUGUCAUUGUGUUCAAGGAAGAUACUAACAUGACUGAGGUAUUAAGUCAGCCAAUAUUGGUACAUGAGAUAAAUACUACAGUAAGAAGAGGUUACAUUACAACUGAUUGGACAGUACACAAUAGUGUUAUGUUAAAAGAUACUGUCAUAAUGACUGGAUUCCCUCCACAAUAUACAGCUGAACAAAUACAAAACAAGCUACCAGAGCAAAUAGCCAAAGGAAUAAUAAAGUUCACAAUGCAUGAAGAUGAAGGUUUAGCAGUUAUCCAGAUACAUAAAAAUGAGAAUUUUGAAGCACUUGUCAAUAUUGAAAAUUUUACACUUGAAGGGAAGAAACCAACAUUUAGUGCUGCUAAUUUAGUAUGGGACCUACGAGAUUUCAGAAAAGAUUCUGAUAUAUCAGCCAGUAGGUUUGAGGACAAUGAAGAAUUGAGGUAUUCCUUACGAUCUCUAGAGAGGUUUGCUCCAUGGGUCAGACAUGUUUAUAUCAUCACCAAUGGACAGAUACCAUACUGGUUAAACAUGGAAAGCUCCAGACUUACUAUUGUUACACAUCAGGAGAUAUUCACAAACACAUCACAUCUACCAACAUUUAGUUCUCCUGCCAUAGAGGCUAACAUCCACAAAAUACCUGGCCUAUCACAGAAAUUUAUUUACAUGAAUGAUGAUGUAAUGUUUGGUAAAGAUGUGUGGCCUGAUGACUUUUACACCUACAGUGAUGGAUAUAAGGUAUAUCUGACAUGGCCAGUACCUAACUGUAACGAGGGAUGUCCAUCAUCAUGGAUUAAAGAUGGCUACUGUGACAAGGCUUGUAACAACUCUGAAUGUGAAUGGGAUGGUGGAGAUUGUCAUGGUAGUAAUGUACAGGCAGGAGCAGGUCAUUGGAGUGGUGGUGUUGGCUGGUAUAAUGAUCAGAAAGAACAUUGUAAUAAAGGAUGUGCUGAUUCUUGGCUGGCAGAUAGAUAUUGUGAUACUACAUGUAAUGUAAAGCUGUGUGGUUUUGAUGUUGGAGAUUGUGGUACAUCUAAAUAUGACCAACUUUUAGGCUAUAAACUGGAGACCAGUGUUACAGAGUAUAUAGUACCAAAAGGUGAGAUAAUUGUGUACUUUAACAUGACAACCUUGAUGACAGACAAAGGAAGUGUUGAAUCAGCAGAAUAUGAAAAAUCAUCUGUUGUCAAGGCAAUAGCUGUAGCUAACAAGUUCAAAGUCAUCACCAUGGUGUUUAAUAAAGGUCACAAUGCCACCAAACUCCACAUUCAUCUAAAAGGGCACUACGCAAAUGCUACACAGAAAUUCCAGUAUAAUUUUACUGUGAUGGUAGAUACCAUACAAGAAAAUAAAACCUUGGAAGUGGUACAGACUAUAGAUAAAGUAAAUAUAACAGCUAAUGUUACUGUGGAGAAAGAGAUUGAACUACCAGUGGUGUAUGAAGUAGCAGAGGAACUUAUACAAGUGAAACCAAAACCAGUAGAUCACAAGACCUUACCAGAACAUGUUAACCUCACAAAUGUAGAUCUACCAGAAUUCAUCAAGUUACAGUAUGAAGCUCUGUUAAAGGAGGAAAAGGAGGGUGAUAUUACAGAGAAAGGUUUUAGGAUUGAACAGAUGACACUGUGGCUGAAGUAUCAGGAAUAUUUGAGAAACCCUCCAAAGAAUGAUACCACAGUAACUAAAAUAGCUGUCAGAAAAUUACUUAGCUUUGUUGAUGUUCCUAUUCUUGAAAUGAAUCAGAAAGAAAAGCUUCAAGUCCAUAGUAAAAAUGAUGAUUCAUACCAGACAUUAGAUGACAUUCUGAAAUCAGGAGGAAGAUAUACAGAUGAAGGGCAUUUUCCAUGGGAAGAGAAAAAUGUAUUUGGUAAAUUUGAAAAGAUGAGGAGAAAAGAGACCAUACAGAAACAAUAUACAGAGGAUAUUUACUCUCCUAGAAGGAAACUUUUAGAUACAUUUGGUGAUUCUCUACGUCAUGUCAAUAAAAUCUUCAACAGAGAGUUUGGAUUUACUGCUAGAAAAGUUCCUGGACAUAUGCCACACUUUGUUGAUAGAUCUAUCAUGUAUGAACUUCAUGAAAGGUUUCCAGAAGAGUGGGAUAUCACAUCUUCACAUAAAGUUCGUAGUUCUGAUGACAUGCAGUUUGCUUUCUCAUAUUAUUAUUAUAUGAUGGGAGUUACACGUAAUGUGACAGCAAAAGAAAUCUUUGAUGAGAUGGAUACAGAUAAGUCACGAACUUUAUCAGAUCGGGAGAUUAGGACAUUAGCAGCUUCACUUUACGACUUACCGUUGGAUUUAAAAACAUUGAGUGGAUUAGAGAACGUUUUAAAGAAUUGUUCUGAAUACCUGCCAGAUGAGAAAAAGAUUGAAAGACCACCUCCUUCUGAGUUAGAAACGUAUUAUGACAAAGAUAUGCCACAAGCUACAAGGACUUUAUUCCUCAACUGUGAUGAAAUGGUGGAAUUAAUCCAGUCAAAGUACAAAUCGAGACAAAAACAUAAAUUUGUAACACUGGAGGAUCAAGAAAUAGCAUUUAAAAUGAUAAAAAGUAACAUAUCUACUGUUGUUGGACAACUUGAUGAUCUGCGUAAAAAUCCUAAGAAGUUUAUAUGUUUAAAUGACAACAUAGAACACAAUAAACCUGAUGCACAAACAGUGAAAGCUAUACUACAAGAUUAUUAUGAGUCAGUACUGCCUAUCCAGUCUCAAUUUGAGUUACCUAGAGAAUACAGAAACAGAUUUUUACAUGUGGAUGAAUUAAGACAGUGGAAAAGAUUAAGAGACUGGUUAAAGUUUUUUACACAUAUUGCUUUAGUGGUACUCGUCUUGUUUACCAUUGCAUCAUAUUUUGGUGAAAAGAUUGAAGCCUUACAGAAAAAAUACAGACGACAAAGACCGUCGUCUGAUGAAGGGAAAUUGAUGACCGUAUGACGGUUACUGCUCUGGAUGGUUACACCUGACAUCUUAAUGACAAUUUUAAUAAUACUCCUUUUUAUAAUUAUCUCUCUUAUGGCCUAUGAAUUCAGUAAAAGUUGAAACUUGCAUUAAUGACAAAGUUUUAUAUUAAUCUUUGAUAAUACUAAAUUUUAAUUUCCGGCUGUACAUUUUGAAUUGAUGUCUUCAAGGAAUAUAAUGAAAUUAUAUCAUAUAAAUUAAGAACAAUGUCCACACUAAAAUCAAGGAAUGCUUUUAAGUACACUAAUGAAGCAGUAAUAGUGUUUAACUAUAUGGAUUUUGAGUAAGUCAGACCUUUCUAAUGCUUAAAAUGAUAAAAAAAACAAAUAUUCCUUGAAUGAACUUGUUAUAUUUAAUUGUAUAUGCAAUGUUUUCUAUACUUAUUAUUUUUUACUUUAUAAGAAAAAAAAACAUGUCUUCCGAGUUGUUAUUUACCAUUGAUGUUGUAUACAACAAUUGUUUGUGUUUUUACUUUAAACAAAGCUACCUGUAAUAGUGACGAGAGAUUUUAUAAAUUAUGAUGUCAGAUUUAAGUAUCCAGAGCAUUUGUUAUUUAUUUAUUAUGUAUUGUUAUACUGACCUGAGUUAUUUUUAUCAGAGCAAAUUAACGGGUUAAAAUCUAUCAUUUGCAUCAAUAAGUUGUAAUUUUAAAGUGAUUUUUCAUUUAAAUGUGGGCUUUGAUCAAAGUAAUUCGGGUUGGAAUUGCAAUGUGAAUUUUAUAUUUUUUCAUUUUUGUUAUGAGAACUGUUUCCAUUUUUGACGUUUAAAGAAAUAUAUUGUUUACUACUGCCAUUUUCAGUAAGGACCAAUAAUAUUAUAGUUUUAAUUUUUUUUAGUUUAAGAUAAUUAUAAAUAAUUUCAAAAUUUCUUCAGGCCUAUUUCACUGUUGUGACAUUACCACUGACUUUUAACUUUCCAUGACUGGUGGCACUAUUAGAUAGAUCAGGAACUGCUCACCCUUCAGGAGCACCUGAAUUUCCCCCAAUAUUUGGUGUGUUGUUAUUUAUUUUGCAUUUUUAUUGUGUACAAUUUUUGAGUAAAAUUGAAAUGGUAGUUAAUGAAUUGAAAUAAAUGUUAGUGCUUUACAGUGAACACCCUGUGACAUGAUUGUGUUAAAACCUGUAUUUGAAACAAUAACAAAAAAAGGAAAAGCAAAUUUCUGAAUUUUGAUAUGCAGUACCUUUUCUUAUGCAAGUAAACUAUAUACUCUGUUACAGGAAUGAAAAAAAAAACACAAAAGAAAUAAAGAUGUGGCUAUAGGAAAUCAUGUUUUUCUUUCAUGUAGAUAAAUACAGAUUCUUACAUUGGUACCAGUGGAUAAUCAGAUUUAUCCAAUCUCGAUAGUUAAGUCAUUGAAUUUUAAAGUACAAGCCUUGGAGAGGACCUUAAAAUUGAUAAUUUAACUACCGAGAUUGAAUAAAUCCGAUAAUCCACGAGUAACUAUGUAAGAAUCUGUUUCUCUAAUGAUUAUAAAUUAAAUUUUCAUUUUUGAUAAACGAAAAUCCCCUUAGAGUGCCUUCCACAUUUCACAAAGUUGUCAAUUUCUUUAACACCUGUUAGCACAUUUCGAUUCAUCCAGUGAGCUGAUAAAGGCUAUGUCCCUGAAACUCAGACAAUCAUCUUCUGAGAUCAUUGACAUAGAAAGUUGUAUAUGUGCCCUAUUCCAAUGAAGCCUGUUUACAAAAUAUCCACAUGUAAAAUAUUUUUUGUUUCUUACCAAAAAUUGAUGAAAAUUUCAAAAUGUAUAUAUUGGCAAAUCUACAAAUUUAAGAUCAAUUGAAAUAAAAGAAAAUUAGUUGAAAUGUAUUUUGCCAAGUUUGAAGGAACAAUAUUUAGAAUUGACAAGUCAAUUAUUUAUCAGACCACAAAAUGACAUCCAAAAGUAACUUUUAUAUAUUAGCAACACAUUAACAUUGGUGUGACUUAUUCAGAAUGAUUCUGAUCAGGUCAUGUAUCCUUCCUUCCAUAUUUAUGAAUGUUAUUACCAUUGAUUAUAAUUUAUGAAACAUGACAGGUGCUAUAUGAAAAGCAAGAAUCACUCCUAAACAAAGAAUCUGAAUUUUUCCUCACCUCAGCAUUGCUCAGUGAGUUUCAUUUCAUAGCCGAUUUUAAUCUCAUCUCAUUAAAAAUGGAAACAGUUCCUUUACAUAGUUUCGAUAGUGGGAAUUUUAUCCAUGUAUAAUUGUGGAGCAGUACUGUUUAAAUGAAUUAUAAUGAUCAUGUGUGGGAACUAAUGAAUUUUAUUUAAGGAUAUGAUUGUGGUAUGAUUAAAAUGAAUGGUGGGAUAUAAUUGUAGGUAAUAUAAUUAUGAUGACUAUGUAAUUAUCAUUUUCAUAUUAAAUUGAUAUCAUUUUAUAACCAUGGAAACUUGGAUGGGAAGUGUAAAUUUGUUAUUUUUACUAACUAUAGGUAAUUAUUUAUUUUUGGUUACAAUCCAUCAAAUGUGCUUCAAAAUGUUAGUAUGUUGAUUAUUUCCCAUUUCCAAAAAAGGAGGAUAUAUAUAGAAUAAUGGCAUUUUUAAGUCUCCCAAACGAAGUUUGGGAAGACUUAUUGUUUUUGCUCAGUUCUUAUUAUUAUUAUUAUUAUUCUUCUUCUUCCUCUUCCUCUUCCUCUUCCUCCGCUUUUAAAUUUGAACUUGUCCGCACCCGUUCUCCAAAACCGCUUGUCAGAUUAACUUAGGGUUUCACAAUAUGUAAGACUAACAUGACUAGUGGUGCAAUCAGGGUUUUGUUUGUGCAAUGGGGUUUAUAAAGGGGUACUUUGAGGGGCAAAAAGAAAAGAGGGUUUUACUAUAGAAUCCUAUGGGAUUUUAUUUUUUUAAAUUUUCAAAUGAUUAUAAGUUGAAAACCCUUUGUGAUAGACACAAUCUUUUUAAUUGAAAAUGUUCUAAAUGAUAAAACCCAUUAAAUGAAAUACAGGGUUAGUCCCCAGGGGUCACCCCCACCCCCUGCCAUUUAAGAAAGUUCUAAUACCUUGUAAGUGGUCAAGAUAUCCACCCCUAAACCAUAUAUAUUCUGGUUUGUCAUGCUAAGAUGGUUUGAAUGAUAUACAGGGUUAGUCCCCAGGCAUCGCUAAUGCAUACAACUUUACUAGACCAAACCAAUUUUCACUGGACUUUGCCCAAUGUCAGGCGACCCUGGGAAUUACGAAUUAUGGGAGCUUCGUUUGGGAGACUUUGUAACAGCAUCCUGUUACAAUCAUUUCUUGUUGUUUUUGAUUCUGACUUUAUCAGCAAGAAUAUCAAGCGAGCCUGGUAGUGCAAGCUGAUAAUUGAGAUGAAGUCAGCAUCAAAAUAUAAAAUGCCAUUAUUCUUUUUAUCAGCAAUUUGUUUUAACAAUAUGUAUUUUAUGGUUGAGAAAAUACAACAAAAUGAAAGUUAGUAAAACUAUUUGCACACAUAGAAAACAUUGUGAUAGUUGUUUGGUUGUAUAUAUGAAGUUGCAUGCAUUUCAUUGAUAAAUUGACAUGGAUGGACACUGAAACAUGAUUUAUUGCCUUAUAUUUUCCAGUAUCAGGUCCUGUCCAUGAUCUAAGAUAUAUUAGGCAGUAAGAUCAAAGGGAAAAUGUACAAAUCACUGAUAAGUCUGUCUAUCAGUCUAUCUGUCUCAUGAAUUUUUGUUGAUUUGGUAUCAAACUUCAUGUAAGCAUGCUGUACUGUGUCAUGUGGUUAGACAUUCAUUGCUUAUCAACUUCUUGUUUACAAAAAACUUAAAUAUUAUUAGACUUAGUGGCCCUGUCUGAAUUUUUCAUUGCAUUUUUCUAAGGAAUUAUAAAUAAGAGCUUCCUGAAACUUGGUAUCAAGCUUUAUGCUAGCAUGCUAUACCUUGUGAUGCAGUUUCACAUUUAUCGCUCAUCAACUUUCUGUUUACCAAAUACUUGCACAUAAUGGCCAUGUAUGUAAUUUUCAUCACACUUUUCUCAGGAACUACAAAUCAUGAUUUUUUUGUGAAAUUUGGUAUCAAACUUAAUGUGGACAUACUUUACCAUUUGAUGUGUUUUCACAUCAAUCACUCAUCAACUUCCUAUUUAUCAAAUACUUAUAACUGGGUUAUAAUAAGUGAGCAAUAGCUCACAGUUCAACUUGUUUUUCUGCAAGAAGAACAUAUGAUAAAAGAUUUGUCUUUACCUUUUGAAUUCUAAAACUUAAAAGUAUUCUAAAAGUUAAAAGUAGAAGAAAUAUAGAAAAAAGAUCAUCUUCUAGUUAUCAAGUCUUUUGGCUGUCAAAUUAAUUUUGAAAUUUAUCUUGCAUAUUUGCUUUAGGCCUUCAAAUUUCUUGUAUUUAAAAACAAUCGACCAUAUUUGUCAAGUUUGCCUCAUUUUGAGAUCUUCCAAUUAAUAUAAUUUAAUAGCUUAAAGAUAUGAAAAAAUUAAGAUAUGAAAAACUGCAUUAUCAAAAAAAAGCAACUGAAAGUUUCAAUGUCAGUAGGACAAAAUUUCACUUUCAUAUUUUUAUCAAAUAAUGUUUACAGUUUUAUUUUCCAAUUUACAUUUUCCCUUAAGGUUCUGAUAGAAGACAUGUGUGCAAAAUAUCACAAUACUGUAUUCCUUCCAAAAGAAAAGGAAAUAUUUGAAAAAGAGGUUGAUUUCCUCUUAGUACAUAUUUACCAUCACCCUUUAAUUGAAAAUAAUAUUUAUGAUAUGUGUGUCAGAUACACUACACUUACUUAAAUCACAUAUGAUAAAUGUUACUUACAUGUAAAUCAUAUGUUAGUCCUUUACAUGUAUGUUAUGGUCAGAUCUUUCGCACAGGUAAUAAAUAACAUACAUGUAGCUAUGUCCAUAUUACGACAGCACACAUGUGUCACAUGUUUAGAAUUUUACCAUUGCAGCUUGUAAGAAUAUAGAUUUGUGCACAUUUGUGCUAAAUACAAAUAUUAUUUACCAACUUUUAUAGAGAUUCAUGGACUACAAAUAUUUAUAGAGAUUCUUGAACUACAACUAUUUAUAGAGAUUCAUGAACUACAACUAUUUAUAGAGAUUCUUGAACUACAACUAUUUAUAGAGAUUCAUGAACUCCCUUCAACAUUCCAAAAUAAAAAUAAAAGUAUGAAAUUUU